AUGGCAGCGAAGACACACUCCGUAGACCCACGCGUCGCCAAAGGUAAUGCCAUAUCGGAUUACGUCCGAAUUGCUCUGCCAGGCACAUUCUGUUCUCAGUUACCGAACUGCGCGAUCGCAUACGUUGCCAGUGCCAGCUUCGACGAUAACCAAUGUUUCGUACACACUCACUCACCGAAUCAAACUCCAUCACGCGAUAUCGAAAAGCGUGCGCCUCCUCGCUUUGAUGCACCAGAAGGGCAUUCAUGGGUGUUGGGCGCGAAGCUCGGCGCUGGUGGCUUUGGCAGGGCAUAUCUCUGGAACCUCGUCUCAAUCGUAGAUCAGAAAGUAGUCGACCGUUUCGUGCUCAAAUACACCGAGAUACGAUCACAUCAGGUCACUCGCCAUGAUCAGGUUUCCACUGUACCUAUACUGGGCGCUAAGCAUUGUUCAUGGUCGCUCGAUUCCUGGCGAUGUUACUCGCCAUACUUUGCUUUUGGAGACCUUCACGGCCUGGUGCAAGCACAAGGUCCCGAUGGGCCUGUAUUCGGAAACCGCCGCGAGUUCCCGGAGCCAUUUGCCUGGUGUCUGCCGUACCGACUCGUUUCUGCUGCCGUGGUUAUAGACACAGCAUUUCGCAGUGGCGACACCGAGUAUCAAGUUGUCCAUGUUGACCUCAAGCCCGACAACAUCUUUCUUGAUGCCCCUGGUUUCAUGGGCAAGAACAUCAGUUUUCCUGCUUAUCCGGCCGCCUAUGUUGGAGAUUUUGGAUGCUCACAUAUCACCUACCCGGGAAAUCCUUCGAAUGAGGCCAUGACAUUCGGUUUAUGUACGCAAGGAUGGUCUGCUCCGGAGAUCUCAGGGAUGCUAGGCUGUCGGGACGUUUGGCAGGCGCCUAGUGGGUCUCAUACGAACAUCUGGCAGAUCGGCUAUGUUGUGCAGUCGCUACUCAUAGGCUUCAAUCAUUACACAAGCGACAUAGAAUGGCAUGGUUACAAGCAACAACACUUUGUACCGAAGUACUCACCGCCUCAGAAUACUGAACGAAACUACAGUCCUGAACUGCUUGCCAUUCUCACUAUCAUGUUACAAUCUAAAGUGGAUGCAAGACCAAUGGCACAGGAGAUGAUGGAACCCAUCAAGGAGGACAUGCCUCGGUUCACACAAGGCAUGAGCGCUGGGGCACGAACAAAUGACGAAAGUAUCGUGCCCGAGUCUGCACCACUUCGAGGCGGCAGUCGUUUGGAGAAUGCUACAGAGAACCCGUUCGAGAAGUUCAAGACACCUAUUGACAGAGCCAUCUCGCCCACGAGUGUAGCAAAAGCGAGAGUCAAGGCUGCGUCUCGCAAGCGCCGUCGAGACAUAGUAGAAAGACAGAUCAGGGAAGGCCUUAGAUCAGAGCUUCAAAGCACCGAUCCGGCCGACAAUCUCUUUGUCCUCCAGGAUGAUCUCAAAAUCAAGCACCCUCAGCGCGGCGGUUCGGCCAAAAUCGACUACUUUGACGCUCAGAACCCCGGUUCCACUACAUACAGGUAA